AUGGGCAAUGACUUUCACCAGCUCCCGUCUCAAACAGUCCCAGUUCCUCAUCGGCUGAAUGCUGGAAUCUUCACAUAUAAAAGGACGGUCGAGGUCGGCUCCCUUGCCCCUCACUCCUUCAUCAUCAUCACAAUCCACCACCAGUCCUCCAAGAAAAUGGUCUCCUUCUCGUCUCUCGCUCUUGCUCUCUCCACCGUCGUCGGGGUGCUGGCCGCUCCCGGCUCUGAGAAGUACGUUGAGCUGGCCAAGCACCAGCUCACCCACUCCCAGACAGGCACCAAGAACGGCUAUUACUACUCCUUCUGGACCGACAACCGGGGCCAGGUCUCCUACACCAAUGGCAAGGGCGGCCAGUACAGCGUCAACUGGAAGGACUGCGGAAACUUUGUCGCCGGCAAAGGCUGGAAUCCCGCCAGCGCCAAGACCGUCACUUACAGCGGCAACUGGAAGCCCAGCGGCAACAGCUACGUCUCCGUGUACGGCUGGACCCAGAACCCGCUGAUCGAGUUCUACAUCGUCGAAAGCUUCGGCUCGUACAACCCGUCCACGGGCGCGACCGAGCUCGGCACCGUCGAGAGUGACGGGGGAACCUACAAGAUCUACAAGACCAAGCGGGUCGAUGCGCCGUCCAUCGAGGGCAAGAAGACCUUUGAUCAGUUCUGGUCCGUGCGGACUUCUCACCGUGUGGGUGGCACGGUCACCACGAAGAACCACUUCAAUGCCUGGGCUAAGUCGGGCCUGAAGCUGGGCACCUUCAACUAUAUGAUUCUGGCUACUGAGGGAUACCACAGCAGCGGGUCUGCUACCAUGACUGUUAGUUAG